AUGCUCAAAGUAAUCAGCGGAGUGAAAACAGGAAGUCAUCCACAAACUCUGAAUAGCAUCUACGUCGCCAUAAUACGAAGCGUUAUGGAAUAUGGGUGCUCAGUGACCAACAACGCCGGAAAGACCAACAAACAGCUGCUAAACGUUGUAAACAACCAAUGUUUACGGAAAGUUACAGGUUGCACGCGCAGUACGCCGCUAAAUGCUUUGACGGCUCUUGCAGGACAGGAACCUUUGGAAGAAAGAUUCAACUACGUGACAGGCAAGAGUAUAACAAGAUGUUUCGAAAGAAAUAACGUGAUAGCAGAGCAACUGAGGAACAUAACCGAAAUCGAAGACGGGGAUGAAGGAAAAUACUCAUACGUAGAAAGGAUGUACUACAGGAACAAACAACUUUAUGACAACAUAAUGACGGUGGAGGCAAUAUCGACGAAGAGCCAGGAAGCAGAGGCGGUAGAAAUAACCUCAACGCUGGAAGGAAUUGUCGGUCAUAAGAAAAGUAACUUGGCGCCGACAAGAAUGAAACAAGCAGCAUUAGUGGCGAUGAACGAGACGUACUGUGGACGGGGCAGAAUCUUCACCGAUGCUUCGAAAGCAGACGGUGUCUGCGGAAUAGGUGUAUACAUUGAGGACGUGGAUGUGAAACGAUCGUUUAAGCUGGAAGGAGAUAUAAGCAUUACUGCGGCAGAAAUCCAUGCUUUAGGCGUGGCACUACAAUUCGUCGAAGAGGGACAACUGCUCAACUACGUCAUCUAUACGGACUCGAUGACAGCGUGCUUGAUGUUGGAAGAAGCAAGGGAUUUCAACAGGGCGGAGACAGUGCUAGCAUAUGUGUUAGAAACAGCACGGAAAUGGCGUAUUAGCUUCCAGUGGAUUCCAAGCCAUGUAGGAAUCGCUGGAAAUGAAGUAGCGGAUCAACUAGCGAGGGAAGGAGUAAACCAAACUACCGUGUUGGAGCACCAACUAUUUGCAAAAGACGUCAUGAGACAGAUAAAAGUACAGACAGCAGAAUCAGCACAACGCUGGUACCAGGAGUAUUCACAGGAGAAAGGAAUACGGUUCUUCACGCUGCACCAAAAGCUACAUGAUAAGCCGUGGUAUCAUGGAAAAAGUUUUGGAGGUCGGGAUAUACGACUUCUGAAUAGAAUCAUGACCGGCCACAACUACGCGAAGAGCUGGCUGGCCAGAAUGAAAAUUGUGGAGAGCGGAGAUUGCGAGUUAUGCGCGGAGGAAGAAACGGCAGAACAUUCGAUCCUGACCUGCCCCCGCUACAACAGUAUCAGAGCUAGAUACAGUUUUGGGAAUGGAUAUUCAGAAUUAGUAGAAGUGUUUAAAACCAAGAGCAUGGAAUUAUAUAAAGAGUUAGUGGAUUUUGUGAAAGAGUGCAAACUAGACUUGUGA